AUGCACUCUGGUGGUGGUGGCUUUUCCUUGUCCAAGUUGACGUCUGUUUUGAAGAAGAAGACGCAAUCGGACUUUGACAGAGUGAUUUCAGGAACCUCAAAAACCAGAGAGAAAUUGUCGUAUAUGGACGAAAUCUUAGGCUUGUGGCGAUUGGAAGAUUUGGACGAUACUUUAGACGACUUGGAGGAGACGUUGUUAUCGGUGGAUUUUGGACCAAAGACGGCGGGAAAAGUUUUAGAUACCAUCCGCGAGCUCGUGGAAGACGGGAAGAUUAAAACUGGUGAGGAUUGUAAGCGAGCGUUAAAAGAAACCAUCGUAAACAUUCUCGUUAACGAUGGAGGUGAUCCGACGAAAAUGAACGUUUCCGAUGACGAGAAGAUUCCGACUUGCGUUCUUAUCAUUGGCGUGAACGGCGGAGGGAAGACGACGACGAUUGGAAAGUUAUCGAACUGGUAUAAAAACGCUGGCGCGAAAGUGAUGAUGGUGCCGGGUGAUACGUUUCGUGCGGCUGCUGCGGAGCAGUUACAAACUUGGGCAGAUCGCACGGGGGCGAUUAUGUCAAAGAGUCCGCCAAACACAAAACCUGGAGCGGUUUCGUACAAGGCGGUGGAUGAAGCAAUUGCUAUGGGUGAUAUCGAUGUUAUUUUAGCGGACACUUCAGGAAGACUGCACACGAACUUGGAUCUGAUGGACGAACUCGUCGGCGUGAAGAGUUCGAUUAAAAAAAGAGAACCCUCGAUGCCGCACGAAGUGUUGUUAGUCUUGGACGGUACGACUGGUUUAAAUAUGUUGAAUCAAGCGAGAGAGUUUGGUCAACAAUUGGGCGUGACCGGGAUUAUUUUAACAAAAUUGGAUGGCACCGCGAGAGGAGGCGCAGUCAUCUCCGUCGUCGACGAGAUGAAAAUUCCGGUGAAAUUUGUCGGCGUUGGAGAAACCAUGGAAGAUUUACAAGUUUUUGAACCGCUUUCGUUCGUCGACGCGUUGUUUCCGGAGGAGGCGGGGGACGCAUAA